AUGAGCAAGUUCGGUGUCCUGGUCAUGGGCCCAGCCGGUGCGGGCAAGUCUACCUUCUGCACCGCCUUGAUCCAGCACCUGCAGAACAACAAACGCCCGUGCUACUAUGUGAACCUCGACCCUGCCGCCGAGGACUUUGCCUUCGAGCCCGAUAUCGACAUCAAAGACCUAAUAAGCCUGGAGGAUGUCAUGGAGGAAAUGAGCCUGGGCCCGAACGGCGGUCUGAUAUACUGCUUCGAGUUCUUGCUGGAGAACCUUGACUUUCUCACCGAGCCGCUCGCCGAGGUCACCGAGGACUACCUGAUCAUUUUCGACAUGCCGGGCCAGAUUGAGCUCUACACCCAUGUUCCCAUCCUCCCAGAGCUGGUGAAGCACCUGAUGCGUGGCUCGCUGAACAUCAAUAUGUGUGCUGCAUACCUUCUCGAGUCCACAUUCAUCAUCGACCGACCUAAAUUCUUCGCGGGAACGCUUUCUGCGAUGAGCGCUAUGCUGAUGCUUGAAAUGCCGCAUGUCAACAUCUUGAGCAAGAUGGACCUGAUUAAAGGCCAGGUCGCGAAGCGAGAUCUUAAACGGUUCCUAAACGCCGACGCCGAACUGCUGGAAGACGACCCCGCCCACAAGGUGGUGGGGGAGGGUGAACAGGCAAAUGCGGGCGGCAAUCCUGCAUCAACCAAGAACCUGAUGGGUGGCACAUCGUUCAACCGCUUAAACAAAGCGGUAGCGCAGCUCAUCGACGACUUUAGCAUGGUGUCCUUCCUCAAACUAGAUGCCCAGGACGAAGACAGCGUUGGCGCAGUUCUAAGCUAUAUCGAUGAUGCUAUCCAGUUCCAUGAAGCGCAGGAGCCCAAAGAACCACGAGAUGACAUCGACACAGAUAUUAUGGAGUCCGCAAUGGAUCGAUGA